AUGGCGACGGAAGAAUCAAACGUGGAGGUCAAAAACAACUCUACACUAGGCCCGGAUGAAAAGGAGAACGCUGUAGCUCCUUUCGAGCAUUCGAAAUUGUCCGAAGAGGGGCCAAAGUCGGAUGACAGUAAGCAGAAGCCGGAACAGAGAAGCGUGACUGGCGUAAAAUGGUUCUUUGCGUAUACGUCCAUCCUCUCUACCGUUCUUCUGUUCGCUUUGGAUGGCACCAUCGUUGCCAACCUUCAACCAGCCAUCGUGUCUGCCUUUCAGACGGAACAGAAUCUGGCAUGGAUUGGCGUAAGCUUUAUGCUGGGCAACACCACCAUUCUGACCCUUGGGAAAGCUUUUGGGGUCUUUAACAUGAAAUGGCUUUUCAUUAUCAAUCUUAUCCUCUUUGAGGUCGGCAGUGCGCUUUGUGGAGCUGCGCCGAAUAUGCCGGCGCUGAUUGUCGGCCGAGUAAUCGCAGGCGUGGGUGGUUGCGGCAUAUAUGCUGGCGGGCUGACAUACGUCUCUGUCUUGACUACAAACCACGAAAGGCCGUUGUAUCUUGCAGGAAUAUACUGCAUUUGGGGAGUAGGCUGCGUCCUCGGUCCUAUCGUAGGCGGCUCAUUCGCCCAGAGUGCUGCGACAUGGCGAUGGGGAUUUUACAUCAACUUGCCCAUUGCUGCGCUCUUUGCCCCGGCAUAUUUGUUUUGCUUGCCAAGCCUGGAUGCUAUGGCAGGAACUCCGUUCGUGCAAAAGCUCCGCAAGGUAGAUUGGAUCGCCACGGUUGUUUUUCUCGCUGGCUGCACAUGCUUCACCAUGGCCAUCAACUUUGGCGGGACUGUCUAUGCGUUCGGCAGCGGAUCUUUCAUUGCACUCUGGGUCAUGACUAUCGCUCUUCUCAUUUCCUUUAUUCUGGUUACGAUUUAUCACCCUGGGGUGUCAUCCGAAGACAAGCUUCUGCCAGUGCAAUUCAUGCGAACAGCUGAUCUCAUUAUUCUGCCAAUUGAGGCGUUCCUCAGCGCGGCGGCAAUGUUUGUUGCUAUUUACUAUACCCCGCUAGUGUUUCAAUUCACAAGAGGAGACGGUCCAUUGGACGCCGGCGUGCGUCUACUUCCUCUGAUCUGUACCUUGGUAUUUUUUGCACUAUUGAACGGUGCUCUUUUGCCGAAAUUAGGGUACUACAUGCCUUGGUACGUCCUUGGAAAUGCCUUGGUCCUUAUUGGAGCUAGCUUGAUGCUCACGUUGAAUUCACUCACACCACAAGCGAAGAUUUACGGAUACUCUGUCCUGAUUGGUACAGGAAUUGGCUGCUUCCAAAGCUCAGGGGUAGCUGUUGUCUCCUCGCUAGCACCCCCGUCCGAUGUCAACAACGCAGUGAGCAUCAUGACAAUAGCCCAAGUUCUUGGUGGAGCUGUGUCCUUGUCAGUGACUGGUGCAAUAUUUGGAAACCUGGCAGUGCAGAGGAUAGCUUCAGUGCUUCCUGAGACCUCGACGGAAGCGAUCGGACACAUGAUCACGGGAACGAGCAGCUCUCAGUUCCGAGAUCUAAGCGAUAUACUCAAGGCAAAGGUUAUCGAACAGGUCACUGAUACUAUCAAAGAUACCUUCGCUUUUCUGGUAGCUUCUGCGGCCUUGGGUUUCGUUCUUUCCCUGUUCCUCGGAAAUUAA